GCGGUUGGCCUCCACGCAUCAGCGAUGUAUCAAUGGCCUGAGUUUCUCGGCAAUCGUCGCCAUUUCGGAACAGCCCUGCGUUCUUUCGACCAUGUCCGGUGAACCUUCAGGCCUAUCACACCUGGUCAUUUCUCGAGAGGCAGGAGGUCAUCACGCCGUCACUUUGCCCGGGCACCUGCACCCCGCAUCCACACCUCACAGCUGCAGCUCUAUGUCCACAGCACUACAUAUUCCAGCAGAAUGGUCACAUCACAGCCUUCCAUCUUCCAAAGGUUCCGGCAACGAUACACCAUGCUGCUAGAGGACGACAACAUUGACGAUAUAGGACCAGUGGCAGCGCGGCCCGUCCGUGAUGGGGGUGAAGACGACCAAAUUCGUCCCAGACGCCUUGUCUGGAGCUGGCGCCGCGAUCACUUUGGCGGCGCAUUGCUGUUCAACGUGACCGCCUUCAUUCUGCCUGCCCUGUACGGCACACUCGCCAAGCUCUGGGUCGCCAACAUUGACCGGUCCCUUGUCGUGACUACCGACGUCUACACGUAUAUCGGUGUCGUUGCCGAGGUACUAAAUGAGGGCCUGCCUCGCGCCGCGUGGGUCAUCAUCGGCGACAGCGCAUCAAGGUCUUGGACGCGAAGGCUUGGGCUGACGCACACCCUCAUCCUCUUCCAGUCUAUCCUCGGUCUCAUCAUGAGCAUUGGCUUCCUCGCCGGCGCAGCGACCUUUGCCAGGGGUUUUGUUCCCAUUGAGGUGCGCGAUGCAAGCCUCACCUACGUGCGCAUCAGCGCUUUCUCAGCAUUCAGUUCCGCCAUCGAGACGGCCGUGGCGGCAGCCACGCGGGCGCUUGACAAGCCGGACGUGCCACUCGUUAUCAGCAGCACCAAAUUCGCCGUGAAUAUCACGCUGGAUCUCUUCAUCAUAUCCCGCUUCCAUGUUGGCAGCCACCAGCCCACCGUCAACAUGCAGGCCGGGAUCCAGCUCACCUGCAACAUGACGGCUGCCUUGGUCGGGCUGGGCUACUUCCUCUGGACAACAACAACGAGACCCAACCCCCGCCGCAACUAUCCCAUCGAGGAGGAGGAGACCAACACCGAACCAGCCACCACCCUCCCCAGCCUCCUCGCCCUCCUCGUCCUCCUCCGCCCGGGGCUGCUCACCCUAAUCGAGUCUGCCAUCCGCAACGCGCUUUACCUCUGGCUGGUCACCACCAUCGUCGCGCUCGGCUCAACCUACGCCACCGCCUGGGGCGUCUUUAACACCAUCCGCUGGGGCCUGGUCAUGGUGCCCGUGCAGGCACUCGAAGCCACGAGCCUCGCAUUUGUAGGCCAUCGCUGGGGUGCGUGGCGGCGCGAGAUCGGAACAAGCACGCGCAAACCCGGCCGCGUCGCGUUUCGCACCAUUCUGGGAAUUGUGAAGCCCGGGCUCCUCGCCCUGGGCAUUGCGGUGGCGGUUGAUGUUCCCGUCGCCAUCGCGCUCUCGCUGCGGGGUGCGAGGUCGUUUGCGCGGUAUCUCAGUGACUCGGACGAGGUCGCCGAGGUCACGGCGUACAUGUGGCGGACGAUCGAUUGGUGCUAUGUUUUUUAUGCGGCGUCGACGCAACUGGCGAGCGUUGUCCUGGCGACGAGGCCCAGGUGGUAUCUGUAUCAGAGUCUGGCGAGUAAUUUGUUGUAUGUGUUGCCGUGGGCGAUUGUGUGCCAGGUGGGGAACUUGGAUGAGGGCAAUGCGUGGACGUAUCACGGUCUGGUUUUUGGUGGGAGUUUGGUGUUUAGUUUUGUGGAUAUCGUGGUCGUGGAUGCGUUGUGGGUGUGGAGUUUGAUGACAGGGAGGGCGAGGUUGGAAAGGUUCCGGGAGGGUUGAGCUGUAAGUAUGGUGAGGAUUGGUAUUCACAGCCUCACGGGCCGUUCUCUCUAUCACGCUCCUCUCCUCCGUCAGACGAAGUUCAACGAUCCAUCGUCGUUGACCUCCAUGGACCAGAUUCUUCAGGUACAAGCGACCUCGCGUGUGCGCCUAUCACUUUACCACCGUAUCAGAGAAGGCAACCAAGGCGGCA